AUCCCGUGAAGAAGAUCGCUUUUAUUUCUUCCACUGGAAUUUGAAAUUCAAGGCGCGAUCCCAUCCCACCGAUUUUUUUUGUGUGUUCAUGUUCUCUGUAAAUCCACAAGCAAGUUCGAGGCUGAGGGCAUCGGUUUUUUUUGUCAUUUGGUAGUUUGUAACACAGUAAGAUGGAGAACAUGCAGUAUGCUGAGGAGCUUGUGAGGGAAUUUCUGGUGUUCAGAGGGUUUACCAAUACCUUACAAGCUUUCGAAACAGAAUUAUGCACGGAUAUUGGUAAAGGGUUUCAAGUGGAUAAGAUUUUAGAUUUGAUUUUCUCUGUAUAUAUUCCCAAAUUUCAGGCAGAAAAAUUGGUGGGUCUGCUGAGUUUCUUUAAGCAAUGUUUUUCUUCUUCCUCGGAGACUGUUUAUGUUAAUACCCUGUCAAAACUGGAGGUUUCUAUUCUUCGCUGUUAUAUUGUUCAUGCUGUCCAGUCAGGAAGGAAAGACAAAGUUGUAGAAUUUUUUGGGAUGAAUGGAAAUGAUCUACUGCAAAGGAGCAAUGAGUGGAGUUCUUGGUUUGCUAUUCCUUAUAUAAAGAAUCCUAGCUUGGAUGCCCAGUUCCGUGUUUAUUUUUCUAAGGAAUGGUAUGAAGCCCUGCGCCUUUCUGUUAGGAAUUUCUUCAGCGAGAUCUUCAAUGGUACUCAUAUCCUUUAGAAUGGACUUCUCUUGACAUGGUUUUUCUGAAAUUAUGUGAUGAUACAUGGCCUCUCCCCCUCCCCCACCCCCAAAGAAAGAACCUGAAUUACUCAUCUUUGAAAGUUACAUCCCUAAAACUAUUUUCUGUAUGCAUUAUUAGUACAAUACAAUAAAUUUGGCAGUUACAGUUUCAGCAUUUGGUCUUACAAACUAGAUUGACCUUUAGGAGCUCAAAUCUUGGAAACUUGUACUGCUUUUAUGAGCAUAAAAGAUGAUGAGGAUG